GUCCCAAGCAAGUUGCCGACUUCGACUGCCGGCAAAGCCAUCCUCCACUUUUCCACUCAUCCAAGAGGGGAUCGGACCAACUGCGAUGAUAUACACGCUCUUUCAUUGGCAGAAAAUGUUUCGUCUCUCCCCGCGGGGAAUCUCCGGCAUUUUCCCUUGCUGGCACUUCGCCAGUUCCACGUUUCCUGGACUGGGCGACCGGUGGGAAAAAGGCGUCCAAGUCAAACUAGUCUACCUUAUGAAAACUUUUGUGCUACGGGUCUCUCGCUGUCAUGGGAGCAGCCAGCGGAUAAGCGAUAUCGCUGUCCUUCCCCAACUUCUCUUUCUCCGCUUUCCCUUUCGCUGUUCCCACACACAGCACCCACGAUCUUCUCUGUCACAACAACACUAGGGUGGCCUUUUCUGUGUUCAGGCCCUUUCGGUUCGGGAAUUGAAAGGUUCUAGUGCCUAUUCGCAAAUUUUUGACGUGCCGUCCGCCACAUCCGUCCCUCUUCGUCGCAGUGGGUGGGGGA